AAUUUUGACACUAAAAUGGUGUCAUGGGUUGGAGAUGCCCUUAGACAAACACUGAUUGAUUAUCUUUCUCUUUUCUCUCGUGACGGCGCCAUGUCUCUCCUCUCAGAUCUCGUCAACCUCAACCUCUCUGACUCCACCGAGAAAAUCAUCGCCGAAUACAUAUGGAUCGGUGGAUCUGGAAUGGACAUCAGAAGCAAAGCCAGGACACUACCAGGACCAGUGAGCGAUCCAUCAAAGCUGCCUAAGUGGAACUACGACGGAUCCAGCACCGGUCAAGCCGCCGGAGAUGACAGUGAAGUCAUUCUAUACCCUCAGGCGAUAUUCCGUGAUCCGUUCAGGAAAGGCAACAACAUUCUGGUGAUGUGUGAUGCUUACACGCCGGCAGGGAAUCCAAUUCCGACCAACAAGAGGCACAACGCUGCUAAGAUCUUCAGCAACCCCAAAGUUGCCUCUGAGGAGCCUUGGUAUGGGAUUGAGCAAGAAUACACAUUGAUGCAGAAGGGUGUGAACUGGCCCAUUGGUUGGCCUAUCGGUGGCUUCCCUGGCCCACAGGGACCAUACUACUGUGGUGUGGGAGCUGACAAAGCCAUUGGUCGUGACAUCGUGGAUGCACACUACAAGGCCUGUAUUUACGCAGGUAUUGGCAUCUCUGGUGUCAAUGGAGAAGUCAUGCCUGGUCAGUGGGAGUUCCAAGUCGGUCCUGUUGAGGGUAUUAGUGCUGGUGACCAAGUCUGGGUCGCUAGAUACCUUCUCGAGAGGAUCACUGAGAUCUCUGGUGUGAAUGUCAGCUUCGACCCUAAACCAGUCCCGGGUGAUUGGAACGGAGCUGGAGCUCACUGCAACUACAGCACGAAGUCAAUGAGGAACGACGGAGGAUUAGCUGUGAUUAAGAAAGCGAUAGAGAAGCUUCAGGUGAAGCACAAGGAGCACAUUGCUGCUUACGGUGAAGGCAACGAGCGUCGUCUCACGGGGAAGCACGAAACUGCAGACAUCAACACGUUCUCUUGGGGAGUGGCGAACCGUGGGGCUUCGGUGAGAGUGGGGAGAGACACUGAGAAAGAAGGCAAAGGUUACUUCGAGGACAGAAGGCCAGCUUCUAACAUGGAUCCUUACGUUGUUACGUCCAUGAUCGCUGAAACCACCAUCCUCGGUUAAACCACACACAUUUAGUAAUAUUUGAUUUUCUCCGGUUUGGUUUUAUGAUUUGAAUACUGUUGUGCUUGUGAUCGCGGUCUAUUUCGGUUUCAAUAAUUCUUAUGACGACAUUUUGUGUUUUUUCUUCUUCUUAGUUUCGAAUAAUUAAAUAAGGGUAUUCAUGCGGUGAAAAAAGUCAAUCAGCGACUUUUGUGUUGUUGUUGUUUUGAAAUGAUAAUAAUAAUAACAAAGUACGGCCUGGCACGUUGGAGGUUAA